AUGGCUAAGGAAAUGCAAGUUAAAUUUGCUAAGUACUGGGAGAAUUACACAAUCAUUUUGGCUAUGGGGGCAAUUUUAGAUCCAAGGCUGAAUUUGGAAGUUCUUGAGAAAGCUUAUGAGAGAGUGGAUCCCUCUAAUUCUAGUUUUAAAACUGAAGAGCUGAGGACUAAUUUGACUAAACUUUAUAAAGAAUAUCAAGCUAGGACUUGGGACAGUUCUUCUGGUACUUCAUCUACACCAACUUCACAUGAUCUAGUUACUGAAUCACCUCUUGAAGAUGAUUUAGACAAUAGGGAAAACCAAGCUCGAUUUGGUGAUUUGGCGAUGAUGGCACGUGAUAUACUGAGUAUCUCUAUCACCACAAUAGCAUCUGAAUCAGAGUAUGAAGGUACAAUAGAAGAUGUUGAUGAUAUGUGCAACGAAGAUGCUAGGAAGACUACAAAUAUUUCUGGAGUCAAGGGUUCAAGAUCAGAAGAUUCAAAUGGAGAGGGUGUGAGAAUGUGA